AAAAUGAUAAAUUAGGCAUAUAGUAUAGUAAAUGAGGAGAAGAGAAGAGCUCUCAGUUCUGUGUCAAUGGUGGUAAUAAUCCUAGAGAGAGAGGGGAGUCGUAAUCGUGGGGUCCAGUCCAAGGGCGUAGCAUUUGCAUAAAAGAGAUUCUUCCCCACAUUCGGCCGACCUCUCAUAGUAUUUUGGCUUCUUUUGUUUGAGCUAAAACAAGAAACUCAGCCUAGAAAGAGAGAUUUGGCAGAAAGCUUCUUUUUUGAGGAUACUACAACACGCAGACAUAUGUUUCUUCAUCCAUAGACCACAAAAUCAUUAAUUACAUCAUCUUUCUCCUCUUGCUCAACAUCUCCACAGUCACUGUGAGUGCAUAUCUUUUUCUUUUGUAUAUUUCCAUCUCCUUCAUAUUGCUUGCUUUUCUCGGCAUAUAUUCGCAUCUUAGCUCUGUUUACAACUCAAAAGAUUCAAUUUUUUGAAGAACAAGAUUUCAUCUUUUCAUUGCUCUGUACAAGCAUAGCUCAUGAAUAAGUACAAAUAAUUAGGUGGUGCUGCUGCCCUCUGAAAUGCAUUUCUGGUUGCAGUUGCAAACAACUUUUUACUGAUGUUGUUUGUGGCCGUGGGGCUGGUUGGUUUUUGGAUGAAUAGGGAAAGAAAUUCUUCUUGGAAGUUCCUCUUCUUGUUCUGCAUAUUCAACCUGCUUCUCUGUUUCGGCUCGUGGAGCUUCGGACUGUUCUAGAAGCUUCUGCCCCUGGUAUGGAGGAUUGAGGACGGCGUAUCAUGGGAGAUGAUGGUUCCUUCAAGCCUAAGACCAUGGUUGAAACUUUGUCAGACACCACCAAUCUUGAUUUCUCUGUCAUGGAUGAUCUCUUGUAUGAUGGAUUCUGGUUAGAGACUACUGAUGAAUCCAACUUCUGGCAGCCCUGCCCCACUGCUCCUACUGAUUUGAACCCUUCUUUCUUCUUCCCUUCUUCAGACACUAGUUUCAACACAAAUCCAGCUACUACUUUCUUGAAAGAAACCGAAAAACCAAGCAUCCCACCUUUCACUUUCCCAGGAAUGGAUGACUUGUCUGGAAACCGAGCCCCCAUCCCUUCGGUUUCCUUGGGCCAAUCCACUGAUUUCCUGUUUGAAGAAACUCAAGUGAGCAAGAGGCUGUGGGUGGCGCCAACCAGGAACCGAAUCCGGUCUGUCUCUGUGAAGAAGAAGCUGGUGCAGGCGGUCGAUCACCUCAAGAAUUCUAUAAGAGAGAGUGAUGUCCUCGUUCAAAUCUGGGUUCCUGUUAAGAGAGGAGGAAAGCAAGUCCUCACAACUAAUAACCAGCCAUUCUCACUCAAUCCCAACUGCAAAAACCUUGCAGAAUAUAGGCAUGUUUCCCAGAGCUAUCACUUUCCAGCAGAUGAGGACUCCAAGGAGCCCGCUGGGUUGCCUGGUCGCGUCUUCUUGAAGAAGCUUCCUGAUUGGACUCCGGAUGUUCAGUUCUUUAAACGAGAGGAGUACCCCCGGAAGAGUCAUGCUCAGCUGUAUGAUGUUAGAGGAUCACUCGCACUUCCAGUUUUUGAACGCGGUAGUGGCAAGUGCUUGGGGGUGGUUGAAAUCGUCACAACCAGUCGCAAGGUCAACUGUCGCCCUGAUAUUGAGACUGUCUGCAAAGCUCUAGAGGCUGUUGAUUUGAAGAGUUCUGAUAUAUUGGAACAAGGUCCACCCAAUAUGGAGGAGUCGUACCAAUUUGUGCUGAUGGAGAUCGGGAAUGUGCUGAGAUGUGUAUGCGACACACAUAAGCUGCCAUUGGCACAGACAUGGGCUCCGUGCAUUCAACAAGGAAAAGGAGGUUGCCGGCACUCAGACGAGAACUACACACAUUGUGUGUCGACACUGGACUCUGCCUGCUAUGUUGCUGAUCAAGAGGUUGCAGGCUUCCAUGAGGCCUGCUCUGAGUAUCACUUACUCAAAGGUGAAGGCAUUGCUGGGAAAGCUUUCCUGACAAAUCAGCCAUGUUUCUCCUCGAACAUCACAGAGUUUAGCAAAACAGAAUAUCCCCUAGCGCAUCACGCCCGGGUGUUUAAUUUACAUGCUGCUGUAGCAAUACGGCUCAGGAGUACAUACACGGAGGAUGCUGAUUUUGUUCUGGAGUUCUUCUUGCCCAUAGACUGCAAAGGACCAGAAGAUCAGAGAAAGAUGCUCGACUCAUUAUCAUCUGUAGUGGAACGAACUUGCCAGAGCUUACGUGUAGUAACAGAUCAGGAGCUGGCUCGGGAAACAUCGGAUAGAGAAACAAGCAGCACUCUAUCAGAUGGAAAACGGCCAAGGUUGGAAGACAUUCCCUCGAAAGAAGCACCUUCACCCUGGAUUACACAAAUGAUGGAGCCCCAGGACAAGGGCAAAGGAGUUGCUGUUGCUUUGGGUUAUGAGAAGGAGGAACCAGGAGAGUUCAUUGUGACAACCCAAUGGGAUAAGCCGGGUGUAGAGUUCCAUCAAGCGCCAGCUUUUCCGGAGCAUGACCAAUACCAUCAGCAGGACUCGGGAUCCAAAGAUGGCAGUGGUAGUUUCUUCAUUACGAGCAGACCUCUUCCAGCUGGUGCUAAAACAAACACAGAAAAGAGAAGGACAAAGACUGAGAAGACUAUUAGUUUGCAAGUACUUAGGCAAUAUUUUGCUGGGAGUCUAAAAGAUGCUGCCAAGAACAUUGGAGUGUGCCCAACUACCUUGAAAAGGAUAUGCAGGCAGCAUGGGAUAACCCGAUGGCCUUCUCGAAAGAUCAAGAAAGUUGGCCACUCAUUGAGGAAACUUCAACUUGUGAUUGACUCGGUCCAGGGCACCGAGGGUUCCAUUCAGCUAAGUUCAUUCUACAACAACUUUCCAGAACUCAGCUCUCCAAAUGUACCAGAAACGAGCCACUUGCCAACAUCUACAGUGGGUGGUGAGCUGCAACAAGGAAACAAUCAACCCGAGGGUACUUUGUUAAGCCCUGGAACUACUUCCUCUGGCAGCCACAGUUCCAGUUCAAGUUACUGCUGUUCUACUGGGGUGAAGCAGUCGUCUUUCCCAGUCAACGGCUCCAGCAGUGGUGAUGCUUUAUCAGCAGAACAAAAUGAAGGGAUGCUCAAAAGAGCACGGAGUGAUGCAGAAUUGCAUCAGUUGAGCCAAGAGGACUCAAAGCUUCUCGUUCGAUCAUACAGCCAGAAGAUUUUCAGUGACCAUGCCUCAAAUGAGGCUCCACCUGUGCCAAAAACUAGCAGCAAGGUUCAAGAGGUAGGCUAUUUUAGAGUAAAAGCUUCUUUGGGUGACGAGAAGAUUCGUCUCACUCUGCAACCACACUGGGGAUUCAGAGAGUUGCAGCAAGAGGUGUUGAGGCGUUUCAACCUUGAAAAUGGAAGUAGAGUUGAUCUGAAAUAUUUGGAUGACGACUCUGAAUGGGUGCUCUUAACCUGCGAUGCUGAUCUUGAAGAAUGUAAAGAUAUACACACAUUGUUGAAGAGCGGAACAAUUAGACUCUCUCUAAAUCAAGCACAUUAUCAUCCUAGUCUUGGAAGCUCAUUUGGUAGUAAUGGCCCCUUCUGAAGUUUUUCUUACCAUGAAUAAGAGACGACAACCAAGGAUGGGUGUAACAGGCUGUAAUAGUAGGAAUGCAUACAGAAUGGCAACUAUUUCAUGGCCAUCUAGUAUUCUGUAGACUAGUUAAGUGAGAUAGUGAUGCUAGAUAUUCACUAUCUCUCAGAGUGACAUGACUGUUUCUUCGUACAAUAUUUCCUUCUGGUUCUUUUUUAGCAGUGCAAUUGAUACUUCUGUACCAUAAUAUGUACAAAGAGUUUCUCAUGGAUUGAUUUGAAAUCUCUGCAGAUUCUGUUA